CCUCUCGGCCACUGACGUCGCUCUGUCAGUCCGGGCUGUUCCACUCGUGUUUCGUAACCGGCCGCGGUGUCUCCUGUCUCCUCUCCCUCCGCCUCACAGACGAUCAGAACAUGGCCGCGCUCAGGACCCUCAGAAAGCUGUGCCAACUCUCCCAGCACCACGUCUGCAAACUGCACACGUCCGCUUCCAGGCAGGAGGCAGUGGUCAUCUCAGGAAAGAAACUGGCCAGGCAGAUUCGGGAGGAGGCCCGGGUGGAUGUGGAGAACUGGGUUUCAGCGGGACACAAGAGACCCCAUCUGAGUGUGAUUCUCGUCGGCGAGAACCCGGCAAGUCACUCCUACGUCCUGAACAAGACGCGUGCUGCAGCUGAUGUUGGAAUUUCUAGUGAAACGAUUCGCAAGCAUUCGAACAUCAGUGAGGAGGAGUUAUUGGACCUGAUCUACAAACUCAACACAGACCACCGUGUGGACGGCCUACUGGUCCAACUGCCUCUGCCAGAACACAUCGAUGAGCGCGCAAUCUGCAAUGCAGUUUCCCCCACCAAGGAUGUGGACGGCUUCCAUGUAGUCAACGUGGGUCGCAUGUGCCUGGAUCAGUCCACCAUGCUUCCCGCCACUCCCUGGGGAGUCUGGGAAAUGAUCAAACGCACAGGUAUUCCUACUCAAGGGAAGAAUGUCGUGGUUGCAGGGCGCUCUAAGAACGUGGGCAUGCCCAUCGCCAUGUUACUGCACACAGACGGGCGUCACGAGAGACCCGGCGGUGAUGCGACGGUCACCAUUUCUCACAGAUACACUCCAAAGGAUAAACUUGGCCAACACACUAGGAUCGCUGAUAUUGUUGUUGCUGCUGCAGGGAUUCCGAACCUCAUUACCGCGGACAUGAUCAAAGAGGGCGCGGCGGUGAUUGAUGUCGGAAUAAACAGAGUGCAGGACCCGGUCACUGGAAAGCACAGAUUAGUCGGAGACGUGGAUUUUGAAGGCGUGAGACAGAAGGCGGGCUUCAUCACUCCAGUGCCCGGAGGUGUGGGACCUAUGACUGUGGCGAUGCUCAUGAAAAACACUAUCAAAGCCGCUCAGAACGUUUUGCUGUAUCCACCAGAGAGGAUCCGCAUGGCGGCUUCAUCUUAUUGAGCUGGAGCGAAUCCCAGCAGCAGUGACACAUUCCGCCCACUCCAACACCACCGACCCCCCCCCUGUUUUUUUGGGUUUUUUGAAGCAACGCGACCGGCUCCCCUUGCACACGGACUGGAAAGAUGAUAGCUUUAAGGCUCCGUUCCUGCUGACAUCUUAAAACUCUCCUAACUUCAAGUCCAUGUUUAGACUGUUACCUUCACUCAUGCAGCUGAAUGUUUUGUUUAACAGGUUUCUCAGUAUUUAUAAUGUGCAAUGUAUUUCAAGGAAUAUUGAGAGACUGUUUUAUUUAUUGCUUCAGUGGGAUCAUAUUUAAGCAUGAAUGGAGACAGGUUACGAUAGUAUUCCACUCGAAGCCAUUUCUUUUCUUUUCUUUUUUUCAGUUAGUUUAGCCUUGUGCAUCAAGAGUAAUAAGGGCUAACAUCAUCAGGAACAAAGUCUGUACAAGCUUUAAAGAUUCACAAAUGCCUUUGUAAAAACUUUGAAAUAAAUAAUACGGAUAUGUUCUCACAUGUGACGCUUACUCUGCACACUA